GAUCUUCCAAAAACUAUGGGGUCAGUCGGUUGACAACGGCGCUCCAGGAUGGACAAAUCUGUGGUUUUGGUGGUUUUGGUGGCAGUUCUGGUGAAGCAAUGUUUGGGACAAAACUUGCUGGCGGCCUACAACAAUUGCCGGGCCGAGUACAAUGCUGACCAGGAGACAUUCAACGCCAUCAAGAACGGGGACUUCUCGAUACGAACGCCAUUGGUUGAGUGCCUGGGAGAGUGUGUCGUUAAGAAGGUUGGCUUCAUGAACGAUGAUUUAAGCUUCAACAAGGACAUCAUCGUGAAGUUCGUGAGUCGGUUCAUCAAGCCGGAGCACUCGGAAGAUAUUUACACCAAGUGCACGCAAGAUGUCGCUCCGGUGCUGUGUGCUACGGCGUAUGAGGUUUACCAGUGCAUUUACGAGAACGCCGUAGAUAAGUGGGGCACUAGAAGACGAGGUUAACGGUUGAAUAGUACAGGUAAUUAUUGUUUUUGGUGAAUAAAAAGUAACAAAAACAAAAAAUAGAAAGAAACAUUAUUGUCCCAAAUUUCACCAAUUCCUUAAUCAAGAAAACAACAAAAUGUGCGAAAAAGGUGCCCAUUCAAUCAAGGACACUCAUUGUUAUUGAUGGUUGAAAAUCAGAAACCACAACACAAGUCUUGAUUCCGCGUGAGAGAAGGUCAUGCCAUUCAUACGCAAUCCAACCCAAGCUUUUGAUAUGUUUUUGUUGCUACCGUUCGUUGAUGAAGCUCCAUUCAUACGCGGGAACACGAUGGCGGCAUGCAGCGUAAGAUCAGCAAAAAGAUCCGUUACUUUUCUCCACUUGAUCGGGUUUUGGCCAAAAAUAAACACUCGUUGCCUGGAAAUUGUGUGUGAAAUGUUUUGAUAUGAAUUUAACCUCCACCACUGAACCAGGAAGAAAAGGUUUAACCACAAUCAUAAUUUUAGGAGAGUUGGGAGCAUUGGAAUAUCUGCAUUAUCAAAAUCAUUUUAAU